AUGUGUGAAGAAGAACUCGAUAUUGAUAGAAUUACAAAAAAAAAGAAAUUAGUUUAAUGUUAAAAAACUGUAUAAUUUGCAUGUUUAAUCUUAAAAAGAUAAAUAAGUAAUCAGUCAUAAAUUAAAGAGAAGUGUUAAAAAUAAUAAAUUUAGUAUCAAUAAGUUUGUACAAUUAAAUAAGAAGAAUUAUGUUGUGCUCUUUCUUUUUAUCAUGAUGCUUCCUUAAUGGUUGUUAGUUCUAAAAAAUUAAUUAAGGUUUUUUAAAUUAGCAAUUGUUAAUUUCAAUUAAUUUAAACUUUAAAUUCUCAUUAAGGCAAUGUGUGUUGCUUAAAAUUUAUGAAAAAAUCAUAUAGGUUCAUAUCUGGAGGUUAAGAUAAAUAAAUAAUAAUAUGGUCAAGAGAUGAUAAAUAAUAAUACUUUUGUGAAUAACAAUUAAAAGGACAUAGUUAUAGUAUAACAUGUUUGGAACUUAAUAGAAGUGAAAAUCUAAUAAUAUCUGGAAGUAUGGAUGAUAAAAUCAAAUUUUGGAUUUUAUAGGAUGAAUGGAUUCAAUCUGAAAUUUUUAUUAACCAUGAAUAACCAGUUUAAGCUUUAAGUUUAUCUAAAAGUGAAUAAUUAUUAGUAUCAUGUUCUAAUAAUGUGAUUCUACUCAAUCAAGUAAUUAAUUAAGGAGAUUUUUAAGUUCAAUAAAUUUAGAAAAUAGAUCUUUUAUUUCCUAUUUAUAGAAUUUCUUUUAUUAACAAUAAUAUAUUUGUUUUUUAGUCUUCGGAAUCAAAAUUACAAUUUUAUGUAAAGGAAAAUAAUUCAUUAAAAUUCUUUUCAGGAUAGGAAAUUCAAAUAUAGCCAAAUAAAUAAUGUUAUUAAUAUUCGCCAUCAAUUUAUUUAAAUGAGAAAGAUUUGUUAUUUUUUAAAUCAGGCUAAUCAAUUAACAUCAUAAAAAAUGUUAAUGAUAAAUAGUUUAUUGUUCAAUAAAGUAUUUAGUUAAAAGCAAUUGAAUCAUUUAUUGCUAUUAGUGAAGAUUCAUAAUAUAUGGGAAUUUGGGAUUAAGUUUCAAAAGAAAUUCAAAUAAGAAAAGCAAUUUGA